AUGACUACCACUGCCCAAGACAAUUCUCCCAAGAGGAAACAACGUAUCAUAAAUUGUGUUACGCAACUGCCCUACAAGAUUCAAUUGGGCGAAAGUAACGAUGACUGGAAAAUAUCCGCAACUACAGGCAACAGCGCUUUAUAUUCUUCUCUAGAGUACCUUCAGUUUGAUUCUACCGAGUACGAGCAGCACGUUGUUGGUUGGACAGGUGAGAUAACGAGAACUGAACGCAACCUUUUCACCAGAGAGGCCAAGGAAAAACCGCAAGACUUAGACGAUGAUCCCUUAUAUUUGACAAAGGAGCAGAUCAAGGGUUUAACCACGACUCUACAAGACCACAUGAAAUCUGAUAAAGAAGCUAAGACGGAUACCGCUCAAACCGCUUUUGCUACUAAUAACGUCCAUCCUGUUUGGCUACUUAGAAAAAACCAGAGCAGAUGGAGAAAUUACGCUGAGAAAGUUAUUUGGCCAACUUUCCACUAUAUCUUAAAUCCUUCGAAUGAAGGUGAACAGGAAAAGAACUGGUGGUACGAUUAUGUCAAGUUUAACGAAGCUUACGCACAGAAAAUCGGAGAAGUUUACCAGAAGGGUGAUAUCAUCUGGAUUCAUGACUAUUACCUACUGUUAUUGCCUCAACUACUGAGAAUGAAAUUCAACGACGAGUCUAUUAUCAUAGGUUAUUUCCAUCAUGCCCCUUGGCCAAGUAAUGAAUAUUUCCGUUGUUUACCACGUAGAAAGCAAAUUUUAGAUGGUCUUGUGGGAGCCAAUAGAAUUUGCUUCCAAAACGAAUCGUUUUCCCGUCAUUUCGUAUCGAGUUGUAAAAGAUUACUAGAUGCGACAGCCAAGAAAUCUAAAAACUCCUCUAAUAGCGAUCAAUACCAAGUGUCCGUGUACGGUGGUGACGUGCUCGUAGACUCUUUGCCUAUUGGUGUCAAUACGACCCAAAUCCUAAAGGACGCUUUCACAAAGGAUAUUGAUUCCAAAGUUCUUUCUAUUAAGCAGGCUUAUCAAAACAAAAAAAUCAUAAUAGGUAGAGAUCGUUUAGAUUCCGUUAGAGGUGUUGUUCAGAAAUUAAGAGCAUUUGAAACUUUCUUAGCCAUGUACCCAGAAUGGCGAGACCAAGUGGUAUUGAUUCAAGUCAGUAGCCCUACUGCCAAUAGAAACUCGCCACAAACAAUCAAAUUGGAACAGCAGGUCAAUGAACUGGUUAACUCCAUCAAUUCAGAAUAUGGUAACCUAAAUUUCUCUCCCGUUCAGCAUUACUACAUGAGAAUCCCUAAAGAUGUUUACCUAUCCCUUCUAAGAGUUGCAGAUUUGUGUUUAAUCACAAGUGUUAGAGAUGGUAUGAAUACUACUGCUUUGGAAUAUGUCACUGUCAAAUCGCACAUGUCUAAUUUCUUAUGCUACGGAAAUCCUUUGAUUUUAAGUGAGUUUUCUGGUUCCAGCAAUGUGUUGAAGGAUGCUAUUGUGGUUAAUCCAUGGGAUUCGGUAGCCGUUGCUAAAUCGAUCAACAUGGCUUUGAAAUUGGACAAGGAAGAAAAAAACAAUUUAGAAUCGAAAUUAUGGAAAGAAGUUCCUACUAUUCAAAAUUGGACCAACAAGUUUUUAACCUCAAUAAGGGAACAAGCCACAUCUGACGAUGAUGUGGAAAGAAAAAUGACGCCUGCGCUCAAUAGGCCUGUUCUUUUGGAGAACUAUAAGCAAGCUAAGCGUAGACUGUUUCUUUUCGAUUAUGACGGUACUUUGACUCCAAUCGUCAAAGACCCAGCUGCAGCUAUUCCAUCAGCAAGACUUUACACAAUUCUACAAAAACUGUGUGCCGAUCCGCAUAAUCAGAUUUGGAUAAUUUCAGGUCGUGACCAAAAGUUUUUGAAUAAAUGGCUAGGUGGCAAACUACCUCAACUAGGUCUAAGUGCAGAACAUGGUUGUUUUAUGAAAGAUGUAUCUUGCCAAGAUUGGGUCAAUUUGACCGAAAAAGUCGAUAUGUCUUGGCAAGUGCGUGUUAAUGAAGUGAUGGAAGAAUUCACUACAAGAACUCCGGGUUCAUUUAUCGAAAGAAAGAAAGUCGCUCUUACUUGGCACUAUAGGCGCACUGUUCCAGAGUUGGGUGAGUUCCAUGCCAAAGAAUUGAAAGAAAAAUUAUUAUCUUUCACCGAUGAUUUCGAUUUGGAAGUUAUGGAUGGUAAAGCCAAUAUUGAAGUUCGUCCAAGAUUCGUUAACAAGGGUGAAAUUGUCAAGAGACUAGUCUGGCAUCAACAUGGUAAACCACAAGACAUAUUGAAGGGGAUCAGUGAAAAACUACCAAAAGAUCAAAUGCCCGAUUUUGUGUUAUGUUUGGGUGAUGACUUCACUGACGAAGAUAUGUUUAGACAGUUGAAUACCAUCGAAUCCUGUUGGAAGCAAAAAUACCCUGAUGAGAAAAAUCAAUGGGGUAAUUAUGGAUUUUAUCCUGUCACCGUGGGAUCUGCAUCUAAAAAAACUGUCGCUAAGGCACAUUUAACUGAUCCUCAGCAAGUUUUGGAAACUUUAGGUCUACUUGUUGGUGAUGUUUCGCUUUUCCAAAGUGCUGGUACGGUCGACUUGGAUUCGAGAGGUCAUGUAAAGAAUAGCGAAAGCAGUUUGAAAUCAAAACUGGCUUCUAAAGCUUAUGUCAUGAAAAGAUCUGCUUCUUAUACUGGUGCAAAGGUUUGA